AUGAUCACUUCACUUUUCUCCAACCUUGGGUUUAUCUACUUGCUUCUGGUGAUCAUUCAUCUGAGCUUGAGCAGUCCUAUCAACCCCGCUGAGAACCAUCACAGGGCAUCACUUGGUAGUGUUGUGGUUGAUAAUCCACUGGUUGAUGCACAGGACUUUCUAAGCCAGUUUCUGUCUACGCUGAACCUCACAAAGCUGAGGCCCCAGACCCGGCAAAUUGCUGCUCACAAAGAGCCGCCAGAGUACAUGCUUGAGCUGUACAACCGAUUUGCUAAUGACCGGACUGCUGUGCCAUCAGCCAACAUUGUGCGCAGCUUCAAUAAUGAAGAUUCAUCCCCCUACGGUAUAACACCCAGGGGUAUAAGGAUAUAUCCCUUGCUGUUUAAUAUCUCUUUGCCUCACCACGAACGAAUAACAUUAGCUGAACUUCGACUUUUCACUUUGGUCUGGAAGGCCCAAAGACCAUCUGCUGGCUUUGAUUGCAAGGUGACAAUCUACAAAAUACAUGAGGGAGUUGUUUGGACUAAAGAGGUGGGGAAAGAAGGAAGAAGGAGGGAUAAAGAGGAGGUGUUGGAGAUGAAGGAUCUGGAGGAACUGGUGACAAAGCAUAUCCGUGCAAAAGAUAAUAGCUGGGUGUCAUUUGAACUGACGCAUGUGGUUACACUCUGGCGGAAGUCAGGGUGUGCAACUCACAGACUCGAGGUUCAUCUUGCAUGUAUGGGGUCAGAGGAUGAAGGGGCCACACAAGAGGCCACAGAGGAGGCAGAAACUUUGGUGGACAUUGACAGGAGCUUGGACGGGAAACACAAUACAAUAAUGAUUGUGUUCUCAGAUGAUCAGAGCAGAGACCGCAAACAGGACAAACAAGAGCUCAUCCAAAUGAUUAACCACGAGAAUGACCUUCCUGAGAACAUGGGCAGGGGCCAAGAACCCUUCUGGGAGCAUGUUAAUCACAAAAACGGCCAUGCUAAACAGGACGAGCUAAACCAACAGUCUCUCAUGCAACCGCAGUCCAACCUUAUCUAUGACGCACCUCCUCGAAUCCGUCGCAAUGUUAAGAGCGAGUCAUGCAAAAGAACACCUCUCUUUGUGGAUUUUAAAGACAUUGGCUGGGAUUCAUGGAUCAUCCAACCUCUGGGCUACGAAGCGUACAAGUGCAAUGGCGUAUGCAACCCGCCUAUGACUUCUGAGGUCUCCCCCACCAAACAUGCCAUAGUGCAGACGCUGCUGAGUAUAAAGAAUCCAGAUAGAGCAGCGCGUGCCUGCUGUGUACCCACAAAGUUGGAGCCAAUCUCACUACUUUAUCACGAUAAUGGAGCGAUUACUUUCAACCACAAGUAUGAGGGAAUGGUGGUGGCAGAGUGUGGCUGCAGAUAG